AUGCUCGUGGUCGCCGUCUUCCUCUGUGCCCUGCUCUCCUGCUCUGUGGGCAGCCAGGGAUGCUCCACUUCGGUGGGAAUCAGGGAUGUCAACUACCUCAUUGAGAAGCUGCAGGCCGAUCCACCUUCAAGCUGCAGCUGCAGCGCCAAUGUGACCAGUUGCCUGUGUCUUCCCAUCCCAUCUGACAAUUGUACCACACCAUGCUUCCAGGAGGGGCUGUCACAGGUGACCAAUGUCACACAAAACACAAGGUUCUCACUGAUCUUCCAUCGGGUGAGAAAGACCCUUAAUGUCCUCAGGAAUGCCAGGUGCCUGCAUUUUUCCUGUGAACAGCCAUGCAACCAAACCACGACAGGCAACACGGUGACGUUCCUGAGGAGUCUUCUAGGAACUUUCCAGAAAGAAAGGAUGAGAGGGAGGAAAGGCCAAAUAUGA